AUGCUUAGAGCUUUUAAAAGUGCAGUUCCUCGAGCACACAUAUUAAGAGCUCAAGUCAAGCCGUUGGUGGCCAGGUCGUUGGCUACCAGCACUGAUUCGUUUUUACAAACUAAUAAUGGUAACUAUAUUGACGAAAUGUAUGCUGCAUGGAGAAAAGAUCCCAAGAGCGUUCAUGUUUCCUGGGAUGCAUAUUUCAAGAACGUCGAGUCGAAUAAUGUGCCUAUUUCUCAAGCAUUCAAAGCGCCACCUACUAUCGUUCCCUCUCCAGCUGGCGGCGCUGCUGGUUUCAUUCCAGGCUCUUCGUCUACAAGUGAAGAUGUCGUGACUCACUUAAAGGUUCAACUUUUGGUUCGUGCCUAUCAAGUUAGAGGUCAUCAGAAGGCUAAAAUCGACCCCUUAGGUAUUUCUUAUGGUGAUAAUGCUGAUACUCCUAAGGAGUUGACUUUAGAUUAUUAUGGUUUCACUGACAGUGAUUUAAACAAAGAAAUUACCUUAGGUCCAGGUAUCUUACCAAGAUUUGCUGACGCUGGUAAGAAGACAAUGUCAUUAAAGGAAAUCAUUGCAAACUGCGAAAGAUUGUACUGUCUGUCUUAUGGUGUAGAGUAUAUUCACAUUCCUUCUAAAGAGCAAUGUGACUGGUUGAGAGAAAGAAUUGAGAUUCCUCAACCAUUCAAAUUUUCAAUUGAUCAAAAGAGACAAAUUUUGGAUCGUUUGAUCUGGUCUACUUCUUUCGAGAAUUUUUUGGCUUCAAAGUUCCCUAAUGAUAAGAGAUUCGGUUUGGAAGGUUUAGAAUCUGUCGUUCCAGGUUUAAAGGCCAUGAUUGAUACUUCUGUAGAAUACGGAAUUGAGGAUAUUGUUCUCGGUAUGGCACACAGAGGUCGUUUGAACGUUUUAUCGAAUGUCGUUCGUAAGCCAAAUGAAUCAAUCUUUUCAGAAUUCACAGGAUCGAAGGAAUUUGAUGAAGGUUCUGGUGAUGUGAAGUACCACUUGGGUAUGAAUUAUGCUAGACCGACAACUUCAGGUAAACACGUCAACUUAUCUCUUGUAGCUAAUCCAUCACACUUGGAAUCGGAAGAUGGUGUCGUUUUGGGUAAAACGAGAGCAAUUCAACAUUACAAGAAUGAUAUUGGUGACUUCAAGAAAGCAAUGCCUAUUUUGAUGCACGGAGAUGCCGCUUUCUCAGCUCAAGGUGUUGUUUACGAAACAAUGGGAUUUGGCCACUUACCUGCUUACUCUACUGGUGGUACUAUUCAUAUAAUAUUUGAUAACCAAAUUGGUUUCACCACUGAUCCAAGGUUUGCUAGAUCUACCUUAUAUCCAUCGGAUAUCGCUAAGUCGAUUAACGCACCUAUUUUCCAUGUCAACGCAGAUGAUGUUGAAGCAAUUGUUUUUGUUUUCAAUUUGGCUGCAGAAUGGAGAGCUACAUUCCAUUCAGAUGUCCUUAUAGAUGUUGUUGGUUACCGUAAGCAUGGACACAACGAAACCGAUCAACCAGCUUUCACUCAACCUCUUAUGUACCAAAGAAUCUCUCAAAAGAAGCAAGUUAUUGAAUACUAUAUUCAACAAUUGCUUAAAGAAGGUGAUUUCACAAAAGAAGAUAUUGAUGAGCACAAGCAAUGGGUCUGGAAUAUCUUGGACGAAUCUUUCAAGAAAUCUAAGGAUUAUCAACCAACAUCAAGAGAAUGGUUGACAACACCAUGGGAAGGCUUCAAGUCACCAAAAGAAUUGGCCACUGAGGUCUUGCCACACUUGCCAACAGCAGUAGAGGAGAAAGCUCUUAAAGAUAUUGGAAUCAAGUCCACGGAAACCCCAGAAGGUUUUGAGGUACACAGAAACUUGAAGCGUAUCUUGAACACUAGAAAAAAGGCUAUCGAGUCUGGUGAAGGUAUUGAUUGGUCUACUGGUGAAGCCUUGGCCUUUGGUUCUUUAGUAUUGGAAGGUUAUCACGUAAGAGUAUCUGGUCAAGACGUUGAAAGAGGUACAUUUUCUCAACGUCAUGCUGUCUUACAUGACCAGAAAUCAGAGAAAACCUACACACCAUUAGACCACUUAUCUGGUGAGCAAGGUGCAUUUGACAUUUCUAAUUCAUCAUUAUCUGAGUAUGGUGUUAUGGGUUUUGAAUAUGGUUACUCUUUGACUUCUCCUGAUGCAUUUGUAAUGUGGGAAGCUCAAUUCGGUGAUUUUGCUAACACUGCUCAAGUCAUUAUAGAUCAGUUUGUUGCCUCUGCGGAAUCUAAGUGGAAGCAACGUUCUGGAUUAGUAUUAUCUUUACCACAUGGUUAUGAUGGUCAAGGGCCAGAGCAUUCCUCUGGACGUCUUGAGAGAUAUUUACAAUUAUCGAAUGAAGAUUUCCGUGUCUUUCCACCUCCUGAAAAGUUAGAACGUCAGCAUCAAGAUUGUAACAUGCAAGUUGCUUACCCAACUACUCCAGCCAACCUUUUCCACUUGUUACGUCGUCAAAUGCACAGACAAUUCAGAAAACCAUUGGCUCUCUUCUUUUCGAAGUCUUUGUUACGUCAUCCAUUGGCAAGAUCCAAUAUUUCUGAAUUCACUGGUGAUUCCCACUUCCAGUGGAUCAUAGAAGAUCCUGAAUUAGGUAACGGAAUUGCUCCAAAGGAAGAAAUCAAGCGUCUUGUCUUAUGUACUGGUCAAGUCUAUGCAGCAUUGCAUAAGAAGCGUGCUACUCUUGAAGAUAAGAGUACAGCUUUCUUGAGAAUUGAGCAGUUGCAUCCAUUCCCAUAUGCCCAAUUGCGUGAUGCUUUUGACUCAUACCCUAAUAUCGAAGACUUAGUUUGGUGUCAAGAAGAACCUUUGAACAUGGGUCCAUAUGCUUUCGUCAAUCCACGUAUAGCUACAACCUUAGCUGAAACUGAAAAGCACAAGGACAAGACCAUACGUUAUGCUGGUCGUGAUCCAUCAGCAUCUGUUGCUGCUGGUACAAAGGCUAUGCAUAACAGUGAAGAGGAAGCUUUCCUUAAGGAAGUUUACCAAGAAGCAUAA